AUGAGCACCUCCACAGAGCAGCCGUUCACGCUCGCGGUGCCCGACGCAGACAUCGACUUCCUGCACAAGAAACUCGACAUUGUCCGUCUUCCAGACGAGCUCGAUGGCGCGGGCUGGGACUACGGCGUACCCCUCACCGACAUAAAGCGUCUCGUCGCACACUGGAAGGACGGCUUCGACUGGCGCAAGGCUGAGGCGCAGAUCAACAAGUUGCCAAUGUUCACGCGCAACGUCGAGGUAGAGGGGUUCGGGACGCUCAACAUUCACUACGUCCACCAGAAGAGUGAAGUCAAGAAUGCGAUUCCUCUCCUCUUCGACCAUGGAUGGCCAGGCGACUUCCUCGAGGUCGGGAAGAUUCUGCCGCUGUUGACAGCGAAAUCUGAGGGUAACCCCAGCUUCCAUGUCGUCGCGCCCAGCCUGCCCGGCUUCGGUUUCUCGGAAGCAUCCAAGAAGCCAGGCUUUGCUGGUCGCCAGUAUGCCGAGCUCUUUAACAACCUCAUGCAAUCUCUGGGGUACGACGAGUAUGUCUACCAGGGCGGGGACUGGGGACAUCCACUCGGCUUUCAUACUGUCACUCACUUUGGGCACAAGCAUGUCAAAGCGUGGCAUUCUAAUAUGCCAGAGUCCCGCGAUCCGAAACUCUUUUCCAACCCGCUACUCUACCUGGGCAGAUACACUAUCCUCCGCUUCGACAAAGACGCGCAGAAGGAUUUGCAGAAGGCGGCGAAGUUCAACCAGAAGGGCACGGGCUACGCUAUGGAGCAGUAUACGAAGCCGCAAACGCUCGGGUACAACUUGUCGGAUUCGCCGGUGGGUCUCCUGGCCUGGAUAUACGAGAAGCUCGUGGGCUGGACCGACAAGUACCCAUGGACGGACGAUGAAGUGCUCGAGUGGAUCUCGGUCUACUGGUUCUCGAAGCAGGGCCCUGCCGCGUCCAUCAGGAUCUACUACGAGAUGACCGGGGGCAACACGCACGACGUAUUCGAGGGCGCGGAGCGGACGACCGUCCCAUUCGGCGCGUCCUACUUCCCAGGCGACCUCUUCUCUCUCCCCAAAUCGUGGGCGAGCAUGCUCGGAAAGGUGGUCUUCCAGGCUGUGCACGACAAGGGCGGGCAUUUCGCGGCGUUCGAGGUGCCGGAGAUGCUAGCGAGCGACUUGCGCAAGAUGUAUGGGAAAGGCGGGCCCGCGUAUGGCGUCGUUCCUGGGAAGAACGGGUACGAUUAA